GAGUAAAAACAAAAACAAAGCGUAAUCGUCAUCUCAAUUUAUUUGGCUGAAAAUGUGCAAGAGGAAAAAAUUGGUUUGAUUCAAGAAGUUCACAAUGAAGACAUCAUUCUUGAGAUAAUGUGCAUUCUAAAAUGAAUCGAAGGAAAAGGAAACGGAAAAUUCAGUAUAAAAUAAAAUGAAGUUCAUCACCUCUAUUUACAUUUUCAUUAUAUUCUUCACAUCACAGUACAGUUGUACAACUAAUGGGAGAGAACAUCAAAUAACUACAGAGGAUAUCAUUGAAUCACCUCUGUGCUGCAACCUCACUUCUGACAAUUUAGAACUGAAUUUCACAUCCAAAAUUGUGGAAAAUGAAUAUAUUGUUAUGUUCAAUGGCUACUACAAGAAUCAGGCACGUAUCAGCUAUAUAAACACUGCCCUGAACUCUUCUGGAAUUCGUAAAUGGAAAAUAAUUACUAGAGAAAAUCCUGCUAGUGAUUACCCUAGUGAUUUUGAUGUAGUUGUACUAGAAGACACUGAAAAGUUUGAGGGACUCAGUGCCCUCAAUGAUCAUCCUGCUAUCAAAAGAGUAACUGCACAGCGCAUGGUGACAAGAACACUCAAGUUCAUAAACCCAGAGUAUGUAAGAUUUGGUAGAACUAGUUUGAAUUCAAAAAAUCAGUUCUGGCAAGCUACUGGAAGACAUACAAGCAGAAGAUUAUUGAGAGCUAUCCCUAGACAGAUAACCUCAGUUUUACAAGCAGAUUCCUUAUGGAAUAUGGGGAUUACAGGAAAAGGAGUGAGAGUGGCUGUUUUUGAUACAGGGUUGUCUAAGUCACAUCCUCAUUUUAGAAAAAUUAAAGAGAGAACAAAUUGGACAAAUGAAAAAACCUUUGAUGAUGGCUUGGGACAUGGCACUUUUGUUGCUGGUGUUAUUGCAUCAAGCAAAGAAUGCUUAGGCUUUGCCCCAGAUGCAGAACUUCACAUUUUUAGGGUGUUCACCAACAAUCAAGUGUCUUAUACCUCUUGGUUCUUGGAUGCCUUCAAUUAUGCAAUCUUGAAGAAAAUCAAUGUCUUGAAUUUGAGUAUUGGGGGACCAGACUUCAAGGACCAUCCUUUUGUAGAUAAAGUCUGGGAAUUGACAGCUAAUAGGGUGAUAAUGGUUUCUGCUAUAGGAAAUGAUGGCCCACUGUAUGGUACUUUAAAUAAUCCUGCUGAUCAGAUGGAUGUGAUUGGAGUGGGUGGGAUUAAUUUUGAGGAUCAGAUUGCCAAGUUCUCUUCCAGGGGAAUGACUACUUGGGAGUUGCCUCAAGGUUACGGCCGCCUGAAGCCCGACAUAGUCACCUACGGCGCAGCAGUACGCGGCUCCCACAUCAAGGGCGGCUGUCGCACGCUCUCCGGCACCAGCGUCGCGUCGCCCGUCGUCGCCGGCGCCGUCGCUCUGCUCCUCAGCGGCGUGCUGGGCCGCGGCGACGACGCCGUCAACCCGGCGGCGGUCAAGCAGGCGUUGACAGCUUCGGCGCGCCGGCUGCCCGGCGCGCACAUGUUCGAGCAGGGCCACGGCAAACUGAAUCUGGUCAAGGCCUACCAGAUACUGAGCAGCUACAAGCCACAGGCGAGCCUCAGCCCCAGCUACAUCGACCUCAGCGAGUGCCCGUACAUGUGGCCGUACUGCACGCAGCCCAUCUACCACGGCGCCUUGCCCGUCAUCGUCAACGUCACCGUCCUCAACGGGCUCGGUGUGUCGGGCAGGAUCGCCGGCCGCCCGCGCUGGCGCCCCUACCUGCCCGAGCACGGGCGCAUGCUCGACGUGGCGAUCGCCCACUCCGACCACCUGUGGCCGUGGUCGGGUUGGGUGGCGGUGUUCGUGAGCGUGGCGGCGGAGGGGGCGGCAUUCGAGGGGCUGGCCCAGGGGCGCGUGGAGGUGACGGUGGAGUCGCCGCCCGGGCAGGGGGAGGUGGAGGUGAGGAGGAGUACGGUGGAUUUGCCGAUAAGGGCCAAAAUUAUUCCGACACCUCCGAGAAAUAAACGAAUUCUUUGGGAUCAGUACCACAAUUUGAGAUAUCCUCCAGGGUAUUUUCCCAGAGACAAUCUAAAAGUGAAGAAUGACCCCCUAGACUGGAAUGGUGACCAUAUACAUACCAACUUCAAAGACAUGUACCAAAAUCUAAGGAAUACUGGGUAUUAUAUUGAAGUUUUAGGAUCUCCUUUCACUUGUUUUGACGCAUCACAAUACGGCACUCUACUCAUAGUGGACCCGGAAGAAGAAUUUUUUCCUGAAGAAAUUUCAAAACUCAAACGUGACGUGGACUCUGGCUUGUCUGUGAUACUGUUCGUCGAUUGGUACAACGUCACUGUCAUGAAAAAAGUUAAAUUCUAUGAUGAGAACACUCGUCAGUGGUGGAUGCCAGAUACUGGUGGAUCUAAUGUACCGGCCGUCAACGAUCUAUUGGCGUCUUGGGACGUACAGCUGGGCAACAGGGUGUUCGAGGGGCACUUCAAAUUGAACGACCACGAGGUGUAUUACGCUUCGGGCACCAGCAUCAGGAAGUUUCCCGAAAAUGGGAUUGUGAUUUCGCGGCAAUUGUCGGAUCAGGGGGCUCAAAUCCUGGAGGAGCCCGACUCCGCCAAACACAAAACGCCGAUCCUCGGCCUCCUCCAAACGAAAUCGUCCGACAAGAAGAGCGGCCGCCUCAUCGUCUACGGCGACUCCAACUGCAUCGACGCCAGCCACCUGGAGCAGCCCUGCUACUGGCUGCUGGACGCCAUGCUCGAGUACGCGUCCACCGGCCACAUGCCGGCGAUAUUCAAGGACAACCGGAUGGCCGGCUGGGAGGACGCGGCGGAGACCGAGGUUCCGCGAAGGAUGGAGGGGAAUCGGCUGUACCGAUAUUCCAAGGUAUUGGAUGGGAAUUUAGGCGAGUCACAGGCGAGGCCUAUUCCGCCUUGCCCUCACUUGGUGUGGACUCAGCCGGCGCCUUUAAACGUGUCUGCGCCCACCAAUCUGUACCAGUCUCAGAAACUGCUGUCUCUGAUGGAGGAUGUCGAGAUACCGUUGCCGUUGGAUAAUGAAGUCAAAGACGCCUCCGGUCACGACGGCCGCGCCGACUUCAUCGAAUGGAGCUGGCGCAACAAGCCCUCAGAGCCGGCCAGCAAGGAGGAGCAAUUCGACCUCACAAUCGCUUUCCUCCUCUGCCUCUCGCUGCUCGUGAUCUACUACAGCCUGAAGUGGUGCAGGCCGAAGCCAAAGAAACGGAAAGUUUGCAGGAAACUGAUCGCAUUGGUGCAAUGCAAGAAGUUGUCGACUGUGUGAAUGAGUGGAGUGAGUGCAGUGAGAUUAUGUAGGUGUAAGUUUUUAUUCCGAAAGCGAUCGUACUAAAUUUUGAAUUCACUUAUUUUUAUUUAUAUGUUGUAAUAAUGUGGAUAUUCUUUCAAUCUG